GGGCUCGCCUGACCCUGAACCAGGAAACACUAGCUGUGCAGCCUGUGUGUGAGAGGUGACAGGAGCAGCUGGAUUAUCAUGAGGCUCCUCACUAGUCUAUGGAAGAUUAGCAGAAUCCCCCUCCAGACUAACUUGCCGGGAAAUGUUUCCUAUGGAAUAUGGAGGUCAUCUGGACUUAUUUCAGGAGGACGCUAUAGAUAUGGAACACAGUCUGACGGACCUAGAUCUGUCAGUCGCUAUCCUGUACCAUACAAAAAAGACUUGCCCUAUGAUAUGGUGGAAAUAAUGGAAGAGGUAGAGAGAAAGGGUGGCUUUUUACCAAAUAUUUUCAAAGUUAUGGCACACCGGCCCAAUGAGUUCAGAGCAUUUUUUGCUUAUUAUGACAUCAUCAUGAACAAGGAAAGUGGAAAUCUUUCCAAAUCUGACAAGGAACUAAUCAUUGUAGCCACCAGUGCAAACAACAAGUGUCCUUAUUGUGUAACUGCUCAUAGUGCAUUACACAGAAUCUAUUCCAAGAAAAGAACAUUAGCCGACCAGGUCAUUGUCAAUCCUGAGCUUGCAGAUCUCAGCCCUCGAGAACGGGCCAUUCUGGAGUUUGCUUUGGCAGUUGCCAAGCCAGAAAAUAUAACUGAAGAGCAUUUUAGCAAACUUGAGGAACAUGGUUUUGAUCGUGAAGAUGCAUGGGAUAUAGCUAUGGUCACUGCAUUUUUUGCCAUGGCUAACCGAAUUGCUCACUUUACUGACUUGCGACCAAAUGAAGAAUUCUAUACAAUGGGGAGACUUCCCAAGGAAACCUCUGAGGAAUCGAAAUAAGAGUUCUGUUACAAAACAGCUUCAAAUUAUCAGGGCAAGUGGCCUUGUGUGAAUUCACUGAUAAACUGUUACUACUCAGGUAUUGGCUAAUCUAAAAAAAAAAACAACUAUAUAUAAAUUUGUGUUUGUACAUUUUUGCACUAGAACACUAAUAUCAAUAGUCUGUGUGUGAAAAUGUACAUGAAAAUGUGUAUCUUACAAAAAUUACAUAAUAUUUUUAUUUUUUUUGUAAUUAUAUAAUUUCAUUAGACAUCUGUAGCAAUCUAGAUACAUCUAGUCCAAAUUCAUAUAAAUUAGUUAUGUUUUUUUCAGAGAUUAUUAUGUUACAACGCUACACAUAACUUUGCGAACUACAUGGAUGAACCAGGUCUACCAGAAUGGGAGUCCGGAGGAGGGACCCCACUCUAUGAUGUCCUUUUUCCCUCACAGGGCAUAUAUAAUUAUACUGUAUUCAUCAGACAACCCAUUUAUGGAAAACCUUGUUCAUAUGCUCAUAAGUAACAGCCAUUUGAAAGGAUAUUUCCACCCAAAAUCUGAAAACUCAGUAAUUUUAUUUUCCAUUGCUGCUGCCAUUUUUGCAAAAAUGACAACUAGAUCAGCCUCCAUAAUGAUUGUCAUUUUUGAACCAUUGUCACACAGGGUAGAUUUACUUUAAAAAGGGGUUGUCUGCUUUUUACUACUGAUGACCUAUCCUAAGGAUAGGUCAUCAAUGUCAUAUCAGCGGAGGUCCGACUCCCAGCACCCCUACCAAUCAGC